AUGCUGGCCGUCCUCGCCCUCCCCGCCCUCCUCCUCCCGCUGCCCGCGGCGGGCGGCCGCGCGCCAGCGGCAGGCCUCGCGCGCCGAGGCGCGGCCUCUCCUGGUCGGCGUCGCUCGGACGUGUGCACGUUUGCUCUCGGCGAGGGCCACCGAGGAGCUGUGCUCGAGGAGGCUCUGCACGGCGCGGUUCCCGGAGGGGUGGACGCUCGCGCCCCGCCCGUCCUCGGAGGGCCCCACGGAAGCCGGGGCGGCGGAGCCUGCACGCAUCCGCUGCUCCCUGGGCCGGGCCCAUCCGGAAGCCAGCAGCCGCGUAUGCGCCGCGCCCUCCUGGCCAUCCUGGGCCGUCGAGCAGAAGAAGCGCGCACGAAGCCGAGCGAUGCACGGGAGAAGUGGACGUCCGAGCGGCGGCAAGCCUGGGACCGUCCGCGGCCGAUUUUUUGGGCUCCGGCUCGCGGGGCCGAGUCGUGCCGGGGCUGCGGCGGGCGCCUGCCAGCCAUGAGCGCGCUGCGGUCUCUCCUCUACGACAGGGGUGCCGGGUCGCUGCGGGUGCUGGACCAGCUGAGGCUGCCGACGGAGAAGGUGUACAUCGACGUCAAGACGUCCGAGGACGCAUGGCGUGUCAUCCGGGAGAUGAACAUCCGAGGGGCCCCGCUGAUCGCGAUUGUCGCCGCCCUGGGGAUAGCCGUGGAUGCCGGGCGUCAGAGUUUCGCGACUGAUGACGAGGCAGACAGCCGAAAGGCCGCUUGCACAUUCUUAUCGAAAACAUGGAGUAUUUGCGCACCUCGCGUCCUACAGCCGUGA